AUGUGUCCCGCGGCGGCUCUCUGUGUUCUGAGCGGGUUACCGGCGGCCGGUAAAUCACGGCUGGCGAGGGAGCUACGGGAGCGCGCACAGGCUCGCGGAUGGAGGACGCUGCUCGUGACCUAUGACGAUCUGAUCCCCGCGGGCGACUGGCGGCAGUCUGAAUGGAAGCAGUACAGGAAGACUGUUCUGAUGUGCCUAGAGAGAUUCCUUCAUCAGACUCUCUCCGAUCAGACUCACACACUCUCCGAUCAGACUCACACACUCUGUGAUCAAACUCACUCACUCUCCGGUCAGACUCACACACUCUCCGGUCAGACUCACACACUCUCCGGUCAGACUCACACACUCUCCGAUCAGACUCACACACUCUCUGAGUCUGAUGGAGUCUGGAUGAGGUUUGAUCGGAUGCAGCAGCAGCAGAGCGUCUCUCACACACACACACACACACACACACACUCGCAGCCGCUCGUGGUUCUGCUGGACGAUAACUUCUACUACCAGAGCAUGAGAUACCAGAUCCAGCAGCUGGCCAGGAAGUAUGGCGUGGGUUUCUGUCAGGUGUUUCUCCAGUGUCCGCUGCACGUGUGUCUCCAGAGGAACCGGUGCAGACCUCAGCCUGUUCCUGAUGAAGUUCUGCUGCAGAUGUGUGAGCGAAUGGAGCCUCCGAACGAGAUCAGAAACCCUUGGGAGCAGCAGAGCCUGACACUGGACAGCACAGAAGACAUCGCAGAUGGACACAUACAGAAGCUGAUGGACUUGCUGGUGUCUGCGCUGGAAAACCCUCUGAGCCCGGUCCAGGACGAGUCGAAGCAGAAGGAGGCUGACAGACGGCUCUGUGCGUCCAGCGCUCUUCAUCAGGCGGAUCAGACGUGCAGACGACUGGUUUCUCAGACGGUGGCUUCAGCUCGCGAAGGCCAGGCGUCUCCAGACGUGAUGAAGGCUCUGACUAAAGCACUGAUCGAGCUGAAGACUGUGUUCCUGCAGGAGCUGAAGAAGGAUGUUCUUCAUCGUGUCUCAGUUUUCCCAGAGGAGCCUGUGGAUGUGGAGAAGCUGCUGGAGGACGUGUCUACGGCGUUCCAGCGACGCUUGCAUGAGAUCCUGUGCAAACACACGACCGCUUGACUCCUGAUAAUGAACCAAACUGUGAUGAAGUCUUUCUGAUUGUGUAUAAGAUGGAACUUCUCAAUAUUCUUUCUGUAAAUGCAUCUGUCCACGACUCGUUGCUGAUUUUCUUUUAGAGAUUCAUGAAGAGUUUGUGAUAUUGAUUGUUUUUCUUUACAAAGAUUGCAGUUCUGUAUAUUAAAUGUAUAUUAAGUUCACAUGAUUAACGAAUUGCAGAAAUCCUUAAUUUGUCAGUGGUUAAUGUGAACAAUCUGCAUCACUGACAGACCGAUCAUUAUUAAACUGAAAAUGAAUGAA